UUGAAACGUCACAUCCAAGAGGUGCAUCAAGCGAAACACGACGUGAAAGCAAAGAGGCGUUGUGCAGAAACUGAGCUAGAACCAGAACAGAGGCAAGGAAUUUCUUCACGAACUGUUGAACAGAAGCACGAUCUCGGAACUACUGAUGAUGGUGAUAUGAUCGAAACGACAUCGGCUAAUCAAACUGCAGGCUUGCCUAGUGAUCACAACAGCAGUAAAGAUUUGGACAAGGGCGACUUGAUUGCGAAACAACGUGAUGAAAUGGCUGAUUGCAACGACGAGAAUAAUAAUGCAAUGCGAUCGUCUCCGGUGACGCCAGAACUUCAUAGUAAUGGUAUUGUCGAUUGGUCAGUCGAUUUAGAAUGUCAGAGCAGAAACCUCUUAUCGUUAGCGAUACCACAGAGUUGUUGGGCUUUUCGCAUAUGUGUUUGUUGA